CUUGAGAUACGUGACAAACUAACUCGGCGUUCCUUGUCUGAAGAACGACCUCUGCUUUACUCUUCAACAGUUCCAUCAUCGAAUUCUAACCUUUCUCUUUCUCUCUCUCUCUCUAACCCUUUCAAUUUGGGGAUUAGGGUUCCUUCUCCUUUCUCAUUGUAUCAUAUAGAAUAGGGUUUAAUUUUUUCCAAUCUUGUAUCAUUUUCCCAAUCAACGAUGUUAUUCUUACAUUGUAAUCUAGUUUUUAUAUGUUACUGUAUCCAAUUCGGUGUAAACUAGGAUUAGGAUUAGGGUUUUUGAACAUUUGAUUUUUGUGGGCAUGGAGAGUAGCUCACGCAGACCAUUCGAUAGAUCGAGAGAACCGGGUCUGAAGAGACCCAGAAUGAUGGAAGAACCAGAGCGUGUUGCUGCUGCUCAGAAUCCAAGUUCUCGGCAGUUUCUUCCUCAGCGACAGCAACAAGUGGCGGCUUCUGGGAUUUCAACCUUGUCAUCUGCUGCAAGGUUGAGAGCUGCAGCUAACAGUAGAGACUUGGAAAGCAGUGAUUUCGGUCGCGGCGACGGUGGUGGGGGUUACCAUCCACGGCCACCACCAUUUCAGGAGCUUGUGGCUCAGUAUAAGAGUGCCCUUGCUGAGCUUACGUUUAACUCGAAACCGAUAAUUACCAAUUUGACGAUAAUUGCAGGCGAGAAUCAAGCUGCGGAGCAGGCCAUUGCAGCUACUGUUUGUGCCAACAUUAUAGAGGUUCCGAGUGAACAAAAGCUGCCAUCACUCUAUCUCUUAGACAGUAUAGUUAAGAAUAUUGGGCGGGGUUAUGUGAAAUACUUUGCUGCCAGACUACCCGAGGUAUUCUGCAAGGCAUACCGACAUGUUGAUCCUGCUGUCCACCAUAGUAUGAGGCAUCUUUUCGGAACAUGGAGAGGAGUCUUUCCUUCUCAGACCCUUCAGGCUAUUGAGAAGGAACUGGGCUUCACACCUGCAGUCAAUGGUUCAUCUUCCACAUCUGCCACACUCAGGAGUGAUUCACAGUCACAACGUCCACCUCCAAGUAUCCAUGUUAAUCCCAAGUAUCUUGAAAGACAGCGUCUUCAGCAGUCCAGCAGGACUAAAGGAGUUGAUGAUAUGUCUGGAGCAAUUGCAAACUCAAAUGAUGACCCAGAGAUGCCUGAUAGAGCUUUGGGUGUUAAACGACCAAGGGCGGAUCCUAGUGUUAGUGUUCACUACCACUUAGAAAAUAAUCAGCGCGCUCAUAGAGAUGCAUUCAAUGAUUCUGUUCGGGAAAAGAGUAUCAGUGCAUCCUAUGGAGGCAAUGAAUAUGGUUCCGAUCUUUCAAGGAAUUUGGGCAUGGGUACUGGCAGGACUGGUGGUAGGGUGGCCGAGUUAGGAAGUGACAAAAGUGGGUACAACAAAGCUGCUGGUGCUGGUGUUGCAGGGACCAUAUCUGGGCAAAGAAAUGGUUUGAGUAUCAAGAAUAACUUUUUGAAUACUGAAGCAUCCAUGAUUUUGGAUGCACGUAAUCAGCCAAGACAAAACAUUAAUAGCCUACAGAGAGGCGUAAUGUCAAAUAGCUGGAAACAUUCUGAGGAAGAGGAGUUCAUGUGGGAUGAGAUGAAUGCUGGAUUGACUGGUCACGAUGCAGCCAGUGUCCCUAACAACUUGAGCAAAGAUUCUUGGACUUCUGAUGAUGAGAAUUUGGAGGUUGAAGAUAAUCACCACCAAAGCAGAAAUCCCUUCGGGGCAAAUGUUGAUACAGAAAUGUCCAUUGAAUCUCAAGCAACUGAAAGGAAACAAUUACCUGCAUUUCGGCCUCAUCCAUCACUAUCAUGGAAAUUGCAGGAGCAGCACUCAAUUGAUGAGUUGAAUCAGAAGCCAGGUCACUCAGAUGGAUUUGUGUCAACUCUUGGUGCCCUACCUACCAAUACUAAUUCUGCUGCUACUAGGAUGGGGAAUCGGUCUUUACUGCCAAAGGCAACAAUUGGCUUAGCAGGAAACCUGGGACAACUUCAUUCUGUGGGAGAUGAAUCCCCUUCGAGAGAGUCAAGUUUGCGACAACAGUCUCCACCACCAGUUGGGAAAUUCCAUAGAUCACAGCUAAGAGACUUGCAGAGUGGUUCAUUCUCUUCAAUGACGUUUCAGCCAAGUCACAAGCAGCAACUGGGCUCUUCGCACACUGAAGUUACUGCUAAGACUGAGAAGCCACACCUGUCUAAAGUUCCUCUGCCUCGAGAAACAGAGCAACCAACCACAACUCGUUUUGAAACUGCAGCUGGGAAGGGCGGAAAGUUAUCCAACAUGCCAAUUACUAAUAGGCUUCCUACUUCAAGAAGCUUGGAUACAGGGAAUCUUCCAUCUAUAUUAGGAGUUCGGCCUUCCCAGUCAAGUGGUUCUUCCCCUGCCGGAUUAAUUCCUCCAGUGUCUGCAAUUGCAUCACCUCCCUCAUUAGGUCGUCCCAAAGAUAAUUCCUCUGCUCUGCCAAAAAUACCUCCAAGAAGGGCUGCACAGCCACCAAGGACAUCUGCUCUACCACCAGCUUCCUCUAAUCUCAAAAGUGCUGCAGUCCAGGCAUCAAGUUCUGCCAAUAAUGCCUUAAAUCCAAUUGCAAACCUUUUAAACUCAUUAGUUGCAAAGGGUUUGAUCUCUGCAGAAACCGAGACAACAGCUAAGGUGCCAUCUGAGAUGCUGACUCGAUUGGAAGAUCAAAGUGACAGCAUUACCACCAGUAGCUCUUUGCCUGGUGCUUCAGUGUCUGGUUCUGCAGUCCCAGUCCCUUCUACCAAAGAUGAAGUAGACGAUGGUGCAAAAACACCUAUAUCCUUAUCUGAAUCAACCAGCACAGAAAUCAGAAAUUUCAUUGGCUUUGAGUUUAAGCCUGAUGUAAUCCGAGAGUUGCAUCCAUCUGUAAUUAGUGGAUUAUUUGAUGAUUUUCCACAUCAUUGCAGCAUUUGUGGCCUUAAGCUUAAAUUCCAAGAACAGUUCGAUAGACACUUGGAGUGGCAUGCCACAAGAGAAAGAGAACACAGUGGUCUAAUUAAGGCAUCGAGAUGGUAUCUGAAAUCAAGUGACUGGGUUGUUGGCAAGGUUGAAAGUCUAUCUGAAAAUGAGUUCGCUGAUUCUGUAGAUAGAUAUGGCAAGGAAACAGACAGAAAUCAAGAGGAUGCAAUGGUUCUAGCUGAUGAAAACCAAUGCUUGUGCGUGUUGUGUGGUGAGCUAUUUGAAGAGUUUUACUGUCAGGAAAAUGGUGAGUGGAUGUUCAAAGGGGCUGUUUAUGUGCCUAACUCUGAUAUCAAUGAUGAUAUGGGAAUUAGAGAUGCGAGUACAGGAGGGGGUCCCAUCAUUCAUGCAAGAUGCUUAUCAGAGAACCCAGUUUCCAGUGUCCUGAACAUGGAGCAGGAUUAAAGCAAGUUUAGACAUUGGAGCUCUGAUGUAGCAAAAAUUAAUAAGCUGAGGGAACCCAGGUUUACUUUGAAUUUACCUAUUCUUGAUGGCUCUUCAUACUAAAUUUAUUUACCAGUUGGUUUCUAGAGCUGUCAAGCAAUUUUUUGCUCUCUUUUUUUUUUCUUUUUUGUUCUGUUUUGUUUUUGUUUUUAAACUCAGGAAGAGGUGCUAAUUCCUUGGUGUUCAAAGUAUAUAAAUGCGAUAGUUUUUGCGGCUCAA